AUACAGAAGCUGAAGCAGCUUGAGGAUCUGGACUUGUCUGGUAACAAACUUACAGAACUGCCAUCUGAGAUUGCUGACUUAAAGGAGCUGAGGACGCUGAUGGUGAGUAAGAACCAGUUGGUUGGUUUACCUACCAGUAUACAGAAGCUGAGGCAGCUUGAGAUUCUACGCUUGUCUUCCAACAAACUUACAGAACUGCCAUCUGAGAUUGGUGACUUAAAGAAGCUGAGGACGCUGGAUGAAAGUGAGAACCAGUUGGUUAGUUUACCUACCAGUAUACAGAAGCUGGAGCAGCUUGAGGAUCUGGACUUGUCUGAUAACAAGCUUACAGAACUGCCAUCUGAGAUUGGUGACUUAAAGGGGCUGAGGACGCUGAAUGUGAGUAUGAACCAGUUGGUUUUUUUACCUAUCAGUAUACAGAAGUUGAACCAGCUUGAGUGGCUGGACUUGUCUGGUAACACACUUACAGAACUGCCAUCUGAGAUUGGCGACUUAAAGGAGCUGAGGACGCUGAAUGUGCGUAAGAACCAGUUGGUAAGUUUACCUACCAGUAUACAGAAGCUGCAGCAGCUUGAGGAUCUGGACUUGUCUUAUAACAAGCUUACAGAACUGCCAUCUGAGAUUGGUGACUUAAAGGAGCUGAGGAGGCUGAAUGUGACUGGUAAUCCUUUAACUUCUGAUGCAAAACAUUUUCUUGAGAUGAAGAUAAAAGGAGUGAUCGGUAUGUUUAUUAAAGGUGAAAUUGUCGUUAAGUUAUUAGAAGGGUACUUUUAUUAUUUAUAGAUGCGAAAUAUUUCAGUAGUGCCAUUGUUUUUUAUCUUUGUUUUUAAUAAGGCUCGCGAGCAAAAUUGGAAAUGGCCAAAUUAAACUUUCCUUUAUACUGAAACUACUCACUACGCUGAGCAUAAGUGAGGAAAAGAUUCGUCCGAAAUUUAAUUUUUUGGGACACUCCUUGAAAAUUAGUUUUUUUCAGUAAACAUUUGAAAUAAAUACAUGAAGUAAAAAUCAUUUUUACUUAAUAAGGAAAUGCCAUUCUUUUUCUCAACAAAAACGUUAUCAGUUUUCCUUCAUCCCUCCCCCCCCCCCCACCCCCUCCGUCUACUAAUGACCUCUGUUUAUUGCCCAGUUUACAAGAUGAAGGGAAAGACAUUAUUUUCUCUAAUUUCUGAACAAAGGUUUUUUCGAUCACAGCUUUAACAGGAUGUAAAUAUUUUACCCAACACCUUUUUGCAUUGUAAGCAAAUGGAAAUGUGCACUUGAGAAAAAUAGUACUUUUUUACAGCUGCUUUUCGCCGUUGAUUUUCUUUUAAUGUCACUGGGGCGAUGUUAAGUGAGAGCGUUUUAAUAGUUUGUAUUUUUUACGUUUUACAGUCAGUUAUCGAGUAGAACAACGAUUAUUGGUUUUCAAAAACAGGUCUCGUGUGGUUAGCGGUUGAUUUACGCAUAUAACUGUCCCCGGAUAACUUAGCGUGAUCUAAUAUGUUUCCCAGCAAAAGAGACUGCUUCGAAUGGGCUACUUAGUAAUUACUCAGUGGCACCCAACGACGGUUUCCUCUUACAUACAUUGAACACACUUUCUAGGCUAUCCAGAGUACUCUUUGAUCUUUAGAAAUAAAUUCCAAUCGGAUUUGAUUUGAAUCUGUUCGGUCAUCCAAGGGCAACUUAAAUUCGAGGGCUUCAGUAUUAAUUCAGAUGCAAUUUUAAGUUUUACGAAAGUAAGAAUUUGUCUAAUUCCUCUCUCCAUCAUAUUUUCGAAUCCGAAAAUUUUCGGUUCGAUCCCUUUUUCUACGAGAAACAUAUCUUAACCUGGGGAGUGAAAUGCGCAAAAUCAAACUUUACAAAAUCUUAGGGAAUUUAUUAGGUAUAAGCCGCUUCGAAAAUUGUAAGUGAAUGGAGUGAAGAAAUUUUUAGCCUUCCUCAAGCUAUAGAAAAUUUUGGGUAAUUUUGGCUUCUCCGAACAAAUAUUUUACAGAAAACAAUCAUUGGAUGCCCCUGAUUAUUGAAUGAGGUUGAGUAUGAUAUGAAGAAUUUUGCAGAUCGAGGAGGAUUUUAGGUGGAUAACAGCCUUCGAGAUUUGCGAAUUCUUAACAUCAUAUGAAAGCCAUUCCUAAUUUCUGGCUGACGUACCGUACAAAUGUCUAAUUACCACUGUAGUUAGGAUUACUGCCUUAACUGGGCAAAUGCAAGUUGUGUUAUUUUAAAUGUAGCAACUCCUUCUUUGACACCCAGUUCUCAAGUGGGGUAGUCCGGAUUUCAAGUGACAGGAUGAUCGAAUGGGGACAAAAUCACCCCCCUCCGCCCCCCCAAAAAAGCCUAGGGUGUCCAACAAAACCCAAACACCACUCGGGACACAUCUUCUGUUUCAUCAAUAACAUAAGAAUGACAACUUCCAAUUGUUUUGAGUACGCAAAAAAUCCCCACGUAAAUGAAAUAUUAACCAAAAAAAUCCCGGAAUCGAAAAUUUCAAACCCCAAAAAAUCCUUCAAUCACGCCCUUCACUUGAGAUCAGGAGUACCCCCUCGGACCCACUUAUUUAAGUCGCUAGUGGGGAAAAGUCUUUGUUGAUAUCCAGUGAAGUUUUUCAAAGCUUCCAUUUAUUUCACUUGUUAACAUUUAAAAUCUUUAAAAGGUAUCGACAGCGAAAAACCAAAAGUAAUACGAUCAAUCAAAAUUUGUACCAUUCAACAUGAUUUUUCAUUUCUCUGAAGGUGAAACUGAAGUUGAAGACAAUACUUAUGUCAGCGAAAACAGAAUUGUCAUCAAAAGGUAAGUACCGUUUAAAGUAUAAAAAUUCAGUGGAACCUCCGAUGGCGGCAAUGGCAGUGAAAAGUUACUUACAAAUUUCAUUUGUGUAAAGGUACCUUUGAGGCGUUGUUUGUCGACUUCUAGUGAGUCAUUUAACCGCUUCGAUUUUCGAAACUGGUGAUAAACGAACCCCUACGGAUAAACUCGUAGUCAGAAAUAACAAGCUUGAACAUUUCACUCAAAAAGAGGGAGGUUAACUUAGAUAUGCUACACUUGUUAAAAAAAAAGAAAGCGGCAGUGAAACAUUCUUGUUCUGCGCGAGAUUAGAUACCGUGAAGUCUUACUUUAGAUAGCUUUCCUUUUUCAUCCUUCCACACCAGAACAGUGAUCGGGGAAAUCGACCUUUCCUCUCCGGAGAGCGUUAUUUAAAAAGUUGCGUUUUAAAGCAUGUUUAAUUCUGAUAUCAGUUAUAUCUGUAGCCGGAGGACUAAUUCCACGAAAAAAGAUGCUUUUUCAAAGAGCCGAAAAGAGUGUCUGCUCUUGCAGGCUUGGAUACAUGUGGACCGGGCCAAAUGUUUUUAAUGUCUUUUAUUUUUUGCACGGGUUGAGUUCGCCGUGUGCACUCUACAUCAACGACAUAAGUUUUGCCUAAAGGGCAAAAAGCCUAUAUUUUAUCCGGCGUUUUGAAUUUCCAGCGUGUGCGAAACUUGUUGGGAGUACAUUACUUUCUUUUCAGUAUCCUUAUUAUUUUGUUUAAAAGAUGAUCUGACUAGUCUCAUCGAAGACCCCGCAGUUUGAAAAGUGUUUCGCACACCGUAACAGUAAGCAUAAUUAUACAUCGCGGACAAGCAUCCGACUGAACGUCGCAGUCAAAUUUUACUAAAUGUUAUGUUUUUUUUAAAUAGAGAAUUGUUUUUAAUUGGACAACUACAGACUUAGUCUCCCACGCAGGCGUUUUUAGGGGAGCUCGUUUUUCAUCCCUCCCCACAAACGCCUGCUCAACCGAAAAUGACAUUCCUUUCCCAUUGUUUUAUUUGCGUGGUAAGUGACCAAUCAACAGUUUUGAAUAGAGUGUUGACAGGCUAAACAUGACUAAAACGUGACCCUAGAUUUACCGUUUUCCUCCUUUUCUUUUCUUCGCUAAAAUUUGACUAAACCUUACUUUUGCCGCUCUGAAUAUAACAUUUAUUAGAGGUCAGAAGGCUUUCCUUGUGUUUCAUUGAGAUCGAGUAAUUAUUUGAUUACCCUGUGGUCGAGGUCAACUUUUCAGAAUUUGGAAAGUAUAAUAUGAUUGGCUAAAUCUGGGAAAGGAAUGUUGUCUUCGGUUGAGCAGGCGUUUGUGGGGAGGGAUGAAAGAGCUUCCCUAAAAACGCCUGCGUGGAAGGCUAUUACAGACUUUGUUUACAAUAGUUUCUUUGCUCAACGCUAAGGGUAAGGUAUCCUAAUUUUGGAAAAGCAGCUAAGAGUUGAUGUUGAAUGAUAUAGUUAACAUUGUAUUAUAUUUAAAUUUCAGUACUACGAUUUUUUGCCUUGAACUCGUCAUAAAGAGGAAGACUAGCAUUGACCCCUGCACUUCGUAGAACGCCACCGUUAUUGUCCAGUCUCUGUCCCCAUCCCCCCCAAAAGGCUUUACUAAUUAUAUUCUUCAUUUAUUGUAGAUUUUACUUGAACGUUUAACUAGUGAAAGCUAUGUUUUGAAAACAACCGACUAUCAAAAUUUUGGUUCAUUACAGAGAAACAGUGGCAAGUGAAGGUACCCGCUUGGCCCUCAAACUAGGGGCUGUCCAUCUCAUAUUCCAUCCAAAUGCUGUGUCUGAGCCUACGUCAAUAGUGGUCUACAGAUGGAAAUCCAGUCUCUGCUCACCCCCGCUGCAGGAACACGAGGCCAUUGUCAGCAAUGUUAUUGAAAUAUCUUCCCACGAUGGCCAACGCCUGCAUUUCAAUGCCAUGGUGACUUUGUCACUUUCUCACAGCGCACCGAACCUACGGGGCUACGAAGUGGUGAUAAAACGGCAGAUCAACAAGGAGACCAAUGAAUGGGAAGACGUGAGUGGAACCAAGAACUUAGGCUGUCGCCAAGGUAUAGAAAUUUUGUCUAUGUAGUAGACUUAUGGUAAUUAUAGAUAACCGUUUGGCAGACCCUGUUUCCCUAAGCGGGAGGCGGUGUACGUCAUUCGUAUUGCUGAAGAGUUUGUUUGUUUGUUGUUGUUGUUUUUUUUGAGAUAGUGUUUAUAUUAAGUGUUGAAGUUGCGAUUGCUCUCGAUCUGAAGCCUGUUUCCAGUCUUGACUUCUAUAACGUCAGUCUUUUUUAUAUGGCAAAGGAAGUAAAAAAAGAGCAUAAUUAUUGCCCCCGCAGGGAUUUCGCCCAGAGGCGAAAUCCCGAGGAGGCACCCUAGUAACUCGCGCGUAUAUUAAGGACAGUACUUACAGUUCAAAUAUACAGUCAGUAUACAAGAAAAAAUCUCGAUUUGCUCGAACAGGGGCCGCGAGGAAUCGGUAGGUAAUGAUGACGUUUCUAUUGUUUGCGCCCGGAAGUACAAAAUGGUUAGGAUGACGUGAAGACAGAAAAUCCCGAAGGGACCGCUCAGGUAGAUUUUGUGACAUUUUUUGUGCAGUCAUACUUCGAUACUCUUUUGCGUUACGCAGUGACAUUCUGUGGAGCAGUUGUUUUGAAAGUUAUGGACCAAAAGACACUCGUUAAGCGCAGAUGAGGUUAUAAGGUGCGUUUAACUGUGUAUAUAUAAACACUUGGAGAGUUUUCGAGACAUAAGUUCACAAAUCUUUGAUUUAUAUUGGAAACCUUGCCAGACACUCUUUCUCUCUCUUUGACCGGAAUAAGACUCAGCCCUAAACAAGCAAGACGAGUGAACAACGGCUAGCUUAUCACUAGCAGAUUGAUGGACAAUUACAGAAAUUCGCCGACAAUCAAAUUCAGUGCUGACUUAUUCCCUGCUCACAGAUGUCCUUCCGUUAAUAGUAAUAGUUGACACUACAGCUGCCCCGCUCUGUAUAUUGUCGGUCAAUAGCAUUCUUGCUCGUGGUGUAGGUCUUUGAAAUAUACCGAUUCAUAAUGAAGAUUUUCACACAUAUUUCAUACAAUAGGUGAGAUAAAUACAGGAAAUGCAAGGUUCCAUGCGCAGUUUCAGCUCGAUUUACACAGCUUUAAUCAAAACAUUCUAACUUUCGAGAAUAGUUAUAAUUCUAAACCAUAAGAAAAGGUUUAAUUAGAAGAUGAGUUUUUCGCUAUUUCUCUUUCACUUUUUACAUUCAGUUCAUUUUAGUAGCCGGAAAGGAAGCCUUGGAAAUUAAAAGGACGUUUGAUCGAUUCACACUCGCCCAUUCUACUCUUAUUUUAAACUUGAUAGCUGAAGGACAUCUGUGAGCAGGGAAUAAGUCAGCACAGAAUUUGAUUGUCGGCGAAUUUCUGUAAUCUUCCAUCGUUCUGCUAGUGAGAAGCUAGCCGUUGUUCACUCGUCUUGCUUGUUUGGGGCUUAGUCUUAUUCCGAAGCGUGUCAAGGCAAGGUUUCGAAUGAAAGAUUUGUGAACUCGUGUCAGGCAAACUCUCCAAGUGUUUACAUAACACAGUUAUACGCGCCUUAUAACUUCUUCUUCGCUUAACGAGUGUCGUUAAAAUUGGUCCACAACUCUGCUCCACAGGAUGUCACUGAUAGCACGUAACGCAAAAGAGUGUCCAAGUAUGACUGCACAAUAAAUGUCAAAAAAUCUGCUAAAGCGGUCCCUUGGGGAUGUUCUGUCUUUACGUCAUCCUAACCAUUUCGUACUUGCGGGCGCAAACAAUAGAAACGUCAUCAUUACCUACCGAUUCCUUGCGGCCCCUGUUCAAGCAAAUCGAGAUUUUUUCUACAUUGACUGUAUGCUGUAUAUUUCAACUGUAAGUACUUUCCUUAAUAUACGCGCGAGUUACUAGAGUGCCUCCUGGGGAUUUCGCCUUCUGGGCGAAAUCCCUGCGGGGGUAAUAAAGUUUCAAAUAAGACUAGAAUGCGCGAUCGUGAAUCGAUCAAACGUCCUUUUAAUUUCUAAGGCUUACUUUCCGGCACAUAACAUGAACUGAAUGUAAAAAGUGAAAGAGAAAUAGCGAAAAAUUCAACUUCUAAUUAAAUCUUUUCUUAUGGUUUAGAAUAAACUUUUCUCGAAAAUGAGAAUGUUUUGGUCAAAGCUGUGUAAAUCGAGCUGAAACUGUGCAUGGAACCUUGCGUUUCCUGUUAUUGUAUGGAAUAUGUGUGAAAAUCUUCAUUAUGAAUCGGUAUAUUUCAAAGACCCACACAACCAGCAAGAAAUACUAUUGACCGACAAUAUACAGAACGGGGGCAGCUUUAGUGUCAGCUAUUACUAGUUAUGAUAGUGACAUUUUACUUGUAUUUUUUGGCGGUAACAGAUAUCGAAGAUGAGCGCCCUUCUCACAAGGAUAUACCAGACCUUUUCUUUCCCGUUGCUCAAGCUGACAUAAAUGAGUGCUCAACUUAUGCAGUGGUUUGCCGUCUCAAAUCUUCUCCGCCUUACACCAUCACAUCUACUGGCGGUUUAUUCAUUCAUCCUGAUUAUCCAGGCGUGACGGUGACAAUCCCCGAGAAUGCUGUUGCACCCCAGUCACCGUUUACCCUGGAGUUCAAGGUUGGUGUGAUUCAAAAGGCCCAUUUAUAAAGAAAGUAUUAUCAUAAAGGCUUUUUAAAGUGAUACGGUUUUUUUAAAAAAAUGACGAUCUAAUAAUGACCAGUCUAGAGGGCUUGACUGAAAAAUCGUUUACUGAAUAUUUGUAGAGAACUUUUUGUUACUUAAAUUACGUUAACUUUUUAUUUAACUUGUGGGGAAUCCACGUCAAUUUUAAAGCCUAAAGAAUACAUGAAAUUAACUGCUGAUGAUUACUCUUUUAAAUGGUACAGGUGCAAGAAGUUCCAAAUAAAGAAUUUGAAGAGGAAGGUGUAUUUCUUAGACCUAUUCUGCGGAUUAAAUGCUUUGGGCUUGCCCAGUUCUUUAGGCCUGUAACCAUUCAGCUACCAGUUUCUCUUCGAGACCGGCAGGACUUUAACCCAGAUCCCACUAAAUGCCAUGUGAGAGUGUUGUUCCUAAAUUGCGAGGAGGAAAAAAAGGAAUGGACUGAGCUCACUGAUCUGGUGAAACCUGCACAGUUUGACGGAAGUUUUGUUAGGAUCCAGGUCCAACGAUUUUCUGGGUAAAGACGCGAAAAAAAUCAUUCAGUUAUUUAGAAUAGAUGGACUUUUUUAAGUGUUAGUCCAACUUCAUUCAACAUUGUUGGACGCAGCAUGUGGUAGAUCUGCUUUUAUGGUGUUGGAUGCUGUUUGAUCCACAGAGCUUUUCUCUUCGACAACGCACACCUGUUUCCUCCUUUCCCCACCUCCACCCCCAACCCCUUGCGCUUGAACACAAUAAAUUCCCCCGCUGUUUUUAUUUCCACAUGUGAGCUCGACGAUCUACGAAGCAGAAGAUCGAUGGUCUGUGUACAGGCUCGGUUUGCGUGACUUAAACCUGUAGACUGGUAUGCGAUGGACCAAGUCGCAACAUGGAUUAAAGAAAGGCUUUUAUAGUUUCCCAUUUUCGAAAAAUGAUAAGCUCAGAAUUUAAACUCCCCAUGCAACGUAUUGGACAGUUUUAGGUUUAGGGUUUUGGAUUUGUUUGAAGCUCAGUUUAAUAAGGAGUGGGUGUUUAGGUAUUCCGUAAAAUGCAUCCAGGAAGUUACCAAAAAUGACAGUUUUUCUUUUAAAACUUUAUUUCUCAUGCUUUAUCCUACUCAGGAUAGAUAUUACUCAGGUGGUUUGCACAAAAAUAAAACUCAAGCAUAUUCUCACUUCUUCUCACUCUAGUUGUGGAAAAGAGGUUGACGGUUCAUGGACGAAGUGCUUACUCGCUUUUUUUUUCACUCAACACGUUAAGAUAAGCUCUUACUAGUUUUUCUUUACAAAACGGUACUCGCACUGCUUUUCGAAGUUGAAUAGUUGUGUCAGACGGCGAUUACGUAGCACUCUGCUCAAAUUUUAUAUGUGCCAUUUUAAGGCUCAUAGUAACUCCCUUCAAUCUGGCUCUCACUCUUUAAUUUUUGGUUCUUCCAGAUAUUCCUAUCUUCUCGACUGGCGUCAAGAAAACUCCAGUGUUGAAAGACUGGGAAUUAUUGACUACAUGACCCGAUUGGCAAGAGAGCUGUGCAGACCAGCAAGUUUCUUUGCUUACUUUCGUCCGGAUUUUCCCGAAAUUUUGCGCCUUAUUUGUUGUCAUGCACACCUCACAAAUGGGGUGAUACAAGAUCUUGAAAAAAGAGACAUAACAUAUGUUGACGGCAGCUCAAUGCAAGAUAUGAUACCAGGAGAGGACAAAGCAUUUGUUUUUGUAUCAGGAGGAAUAUGUCCAUUUGAUGAUGAGGGCGUGAAUGAUAUUUUCCUCAGGUAAGCUUUUUUUAUAAAUAGAUCACAUACCAAUUCAAGAACGUGGAGCGCCCACACAAAUUCCGCCCCUCACCCCAUCUCCAAGUGGAACCGCUUUGUAAUUGAAUAGUCGUGCGAAUCGGUGGUUUUAAGAAGAUUUUCUUUUUUAAUACCACGUGUGACGUAUGGGUGAUGCACGCGCUGGUGCAAUAGGGAGCUUAAGCAACAACGACGGCGACGUCAACGAGAACGGCAAAAAAGCAAUGGGUUUGGAUUAGCAAAACAACAACUUUGCACGUGCAUCACGCUUUUUUGUACAUUUCGUUGCCGUCGCUGCGCGACUACGACGUGAAAAUGCCUAAUUUCACGUUUUGUGGAGGACGUGAACACAAGACAGCGACUUUCUUUUUCUUUUCCUGAACUUCGAUACAGUCUUUUAGAAUUCAACUCCAGAAAAAAAUGCCAACAUUUGACGAACUGAACGAGUUGGAAUAAGCGCGAUAAAGUUUGCAGUAGCGCGAAUUCACUUUUUAAGUGAUGUUUUCGUAGCCGUCGCCGUCGUUGUUGCUUAAGCUCCCUAAUAUUAGGAAGUUUACGCAACGAUGACGGCAACGGCAACGAGAACGGCAAAAAAGCAAUAGGUUUAAGGGCCUGUUUACAUGGAGGUGGGGUGACCCGUUUGUUCAUAUAAUCUCUCAUUUUAAUUUGAUCACGCUUACAUGAUAGGUGGGGUGACCCGCCAUAUUUUACCUCACCUGCUUGGGGUCCCCCACCUCCAUGUAAACAGGCCCUUAGACAAGCAAAACAACAACUUUGCACGUGCAUCACGCUUUUUUGUACAUUUCUCUGCCGUCGUUGCACGACUACAACGUGAAAGUGCCUAAUUUCACGUUUUGUCGAGGAUGGGGAACAAAAGACAACAACUUUCUUUUUCUUUUCCUGAACUUUGAUGCAGUCCCUUAGAAUUCAACUUCAAAGAAAUUUGCCAACAUUUGACGAAUUAAACGAGAUGAAAUAAGCGCGAUUAAGUUUGAGGCAGCGCAAAUUCACUUUUGAAGUGACGUUUUCGGAGCCGUCGCUGUCGUCGUUGCGUAAACUCCCUAUUACACGUAAAGACGAUGUCUCUUAAUUUUUAACGAAGUAACCGGCCUCAUGCUGUAGGCAACUGUAGGACGCCAAUAGGGAGUAAAAAUGUUUGCGGCACUUUUUUGCCUAUCUAGUUGAUUCCGAAUUUAUCCCAGCCGAGAAAGAAAAAAAAUGAAAUGCAAAUUGAAUAAGUAAGGCCUUUGUCUUUUUUAUUUAUUAAGCUUACUGUAAGAGAACCGUUGUUAGAGCAUGAAUAUUUUUGGUUUACAUUUGAACAGGUUAUUAGAAGACGAGUUCAAGACUGAAUUGCGAGUUCGUGUGGUUAGAAACGAAGACCCAGCAGAAAUAGAGUUCCAUAACACCUUGACACCUACAGGAAGAAAGAGUUUGUUGUGUAAAAUUCACUUGCCUAUCCAGAACAUUCCACUUGUGGUUAGUAGAUUCAGAUUCAGAUUUCAGAUUGUUAUGUUAUAUACAUUGAUAUCAUACCACUUUUUCUUUUUGGUCAGCAUUAAACCCUCUUAAAAUGUAUAAAAUUGGCUGAAAGAGUGGCAGCUAAUUAGAAUCAGUCCUACUUAAAUGAGCAUGAUUUUUUUCCUUCAUUGCAAUCAGCCUAUCUACAGCACCAUAGUACAGAAACUGCCCUGCUUAAAGUCAAGAAUGACAUUUUGAUGAACAUGGAAAUGAGAAGGUCACGUUGUUAGUGCUUCUUGAUUUAAGCGCCGCGUUUGCCGGUGAUACCGUGGACCAUCGGAUUCUCUUAGAUCGCCUCCAGUUUGAUUUUGGAAUUUCAGGCUCUGCACUUAAUUGGAUUGAAUCGUACCUUUCUAACAGAACCCAACGCAUCAAUAUAGACGGAGUUCUAUGGAGUAAUUUUAAUCUUAAAUUUGGAGUUCCACAAGGCAGCUGUCUGGGGCCAUUAUUGUUUUCUCUCUAUGCUAGCAAACUUUUUAAGAUCGUCGAAUCACAUCUUCCUGAUCCCCAUUGUUAUGGAGAUGACACGCAACUGUAUAUCGUGUUUAGAUCAGGAAAUGAUUUGGAGGAGACCGCUGCUAUAACUGCCAUGGAAUCAUGUAUUGCUGAUAUCAGUCAAUUGAUGCAUUCGGAUAAGUUAAAAAUUGAAUUCGGAUAGGACAGAAUGUCUUCUGAUUGAAACGCGACUACAACUUCAGAAAGUCAGAAACAUUAGCACCUUAUCGGUCGGGGACUCCGUAAUUGCUCCAUCUUGUGAGUUCGAAACCUAGGAACCUUUUUUGAUUCUAAAAUUAGUAUGCUAAUUCAUAUCAACAGAACUUGCUCAUCCGCUUUCUAUUAUCUUCAUAACAUGCGUAGAAUUAGGAAAUAUUUAAGUCGUUCAGUCACCCAAUCAUUAGUUCAUGCUUUUAUAACCAGUAGAGUAGAUUAUUGUAACAGUCUACUAUAUGGCCUCCCGAAUUUACAUAUCAUUAAACUCCAACGGAUACAGAAUGCCACAGCUCCCUUGGUCACCGGAACACCAAUAUUCUGCCAUGUUACACGUCCAUUGUUUUUCCAUUUUCAUUGGCUUCCGUUAAGUUACCGUAUAAGUGUUAAUGAAAUUCUACUUUUGCCAUUCAAGUGCUUAUAUGGUCGAGCUCCUAAUUAUUUAAUUGAUUUCAUUACUAUCAAAAAGCAUUCCAGGUACUCUCUAAGGUCAAAUGAGUCUAUGUUCCUCGAGUUACCUGGCAUUAAGACUCAUCCAACUCUUGGCGAUCGUGCAUUCCAGUCAGCUGCACCUUAUCUCUGGAAUGCAUUACCUUCGGCAAUUCGCAACAUAAAGACAUUAGACACUUUUAAGACUGCUGUUAACACUCAUUUUUUAAAUUUAGUUUUAAAAUAGAUUUAAUUGUUGGCUUUUAUUGUAGUUUUUAACAGUUUUUCAGUAGUUUUUAAUAGUUUCUUACGCUUUAGUCACCUUUAACAUAAAUUUAAUAUAACAAUAUUGUAAAGCGCAACCGAAUAUAUACACCUUAUUCGAUGGUUUAGCAUAUAAUACGUGCGGAUAUUUUGCGAGUUGCGUAGUCGGGGCGAGGAAAAAUACGAGCAAUGAGCAAAAUGUCCGCUCGUAUUGUAUGCUAAACCAUCGAAUAAGAGGUUUAUUAUUCCACUACAAAAAAUUGUGAAAAACAUCCUGAUUCCGUCUGUAGGAAUGAUGUUAACAAUGAGCAAAAUCCUUGCGCGUAUUAUAUGCCAAACCAUUGAAUGAGAGGUUGAUUAUUCUACUGCCAAAAAAAAUGUUAUUUUGGCUUCUAUUUUCAUUAUAUUUUCGUCCGCCAGUUCGUCCAGUUCAGCCAUAGUUGCUCUUUUUGCAUCCGCCGGUAUUCGCCCUGUUGUAAACGGGUUAAAGCAGGACACCACAGUGUAUUACGUAACGGCCUCGUAUUUUGCGCGUUCUCUUAACCUUAUAUGGUACAAUGACGUAAUGGUGGAAUAAUAAAUUCAUAUAGAGAUUUGCGCUAUAUAAAUGUAAAUUAUUAUUAUUAUUAAUUAUUAAUGAAAACGCCUCUGACGAUGAGCAUUAUCCAAGCCUUACCUUUUGGUGACGUUUUGAGACCGAGAAUUUUCGUGGGAAAAAUGGAGCAUUAAGGUGGAGCGUUUUAGUGGGGAAACAAAAGCAUAAUGUACAAUGGCCUAAAAGGAAACAGCUUUCCCGUGACGUCAUCCACUUGUUUGUACUCUAAUAGGUCAUGUGCAACGACCAAUCACAGCGCGCGUAAUAUUCGCCACAUUGUACAAACUCUUAUCGACUGAGGGUUAGAGGUUAAGGUUAAGGUUUUUGUUUGCGUUUGCGCUAUGGUUAGGAUCAGGUGACUCAUAUACACUCAAUUCUCGCCAUAUUCCCUUGGUACUUUGAAGGUGUUUAGUUAACGCGUAUACCUUAUGUCUCAGCAUUACUAGUUGUUUUGCUAAGUAAAACCUCCAAGUAGAUACUCGUGAUAAUAGAAUUAUUUGACCCUGAUUGGUAAUUCGGGUGCAUGUACGCUAAAAGUUUCUACCUUUUAUGCCUUUUCAGGCACGUCACAGUCCGAUGGAGCAUGCGCAAGAACCUGGUAAGUUUUGCUUCUUUAUUUUCACUUAUUUCCUUAAAGUUCAUUUCGAGAAGGCAUUGUCCAUCCUCAAUAAUUAAUGUCUAUAAGGUCGGCGUGUCUUAGCCAAACGUUCAGAGCUCGGUCCUUAGCGUGCUGAAGCCACUAAACUGAAAACAUUUCAGUCUGGAACUUUGUCAAAUUAAGUUAUAUGCUGCUGUAUAGAAGACCAUCACACUGCUCCAGGGCAAAAACCAGCCUGGAUAACGUAAAAUAUUUUGAGAUUGCGGUGUUUAAAAGUUCACUUCCAUUGUGUGACUCUGGCAUUAUCAAAAGUAAGUUGGAGGCUUACAUGCAAACUCGUUUACCAAGUUACUUAUCAGUGACUUAAGAACGUCUUGAGAAGCUCCUCAGUCAAUUUUUGUACCAAUAGGUGGUCGGUGAAGUCGUUGAACUUUUCAUGAGACUAACCAAGCUGUAAUUGGGUCGUUCACAAUAAGUUAAGAUCGUCUGUUUGGUCAGACGUCGAACUUCGGACGCGUCGAAUCAAUCAACUGAAUCAGAUCUGUAACAAUUUUUCUCUCGAACAAGGCUAAAUAUGCAUUAUCAUACAAUUGUUAAUUUAUUAGCUUACUUCGUCGCGUGCAUGUGAAAAUCGACGUUUGUCCCGGAGACACUCUUUAGACGUUCUAUCCGUCUGAUAGUGUUGGACGAUCCAAACUCAUUCAGACGAACUCAACUGAACCAAACGUCGAUCCUUUCAUACACUUAACUCACUGAGUUCAUUCGUCUCAUGAAAAGUUCGUCAUUUGGCCUAGGCCUUGGUAGUUGAGACUUUGAAGUCCACCAACCCUGAAAGAGGCUUGUAAUGCACGAAUCAUUAGCAGCCACAGCUGCUACAAAUAAUCACGCAUGCACAGCCUCUGUGCACAGCCAAUCAUUACCAUGUACUGUCUGAUGAAGAGAAAACGCAGAACGUGAAAAAGCUGAGUAGGUUUGAUAAGCAAAAACACCAAUAGCUUCCUGUCAAUUUUGAACUGCGUGGUGAAGAAAUCACAGACCUUCCGAGGAGAUCAUCACAAUUAAAUACGCAACUUAUACUGUUGCAAAAAGAAAGCCUGGAAAAAAACGCUUGCUGGGAUUCAAACCCUAACCUUGCCUUCUCCCCUCGCCCCCUCCCCCAUAGUUUUCUUUUCCGUCCUCGGUUCAGCUUUCGCGCGGCUGAACCUCUUUCUUUCAAAACCACAAAAUAAGGGUGGGCCGGAAGCUCUAAGAACGGCUCCCAGGAUUGGUUUAGAAAACAACAGAUAGCCCUAAUCCAAACAAAACUAACAAUGAACCCCAACUCUGAAACAACAGAACUUCGGGCCAACAAGAACCUAUCAAAUUACAGGUUCUAAAGAGGUUCUGGCCAACAGCAAAAUAAAACACACCAAAACGUACCGCCAGCUACGCAGGCUUCUGAACAUGGUCCUAAUGAAUUCGUACCGCCCUUUGUGUAACCAUUCAUUAAAUUUGUUCUGGAUGUCUCAUUCAUGUGCAUACUUUAUUUCGUCGGUCUGAAGAUACAAGAUCCACCAUUUAGUAUCGGCUAUCGACUAUUUUCAGUCAUUUUAAAUGGAAGUUUUUCCUUUCACAGAAAUCAAAGAUGGCAUUCCAACACCAGAUGAACUGGAACUUCUGUCCUUCAAAAUCAGUGACAAGUGGAAAAAACUUGGUCGUCGGCUUCAGUUCGAUGAAGCACAAAUAACAGAACACGACAGUAGCAAUGAUCGACUUUCUGAAAAAGCAUACCAAUUGCUGAUGGCUUGGAAAGGAAGGGACGCCUCAGCUGCAACUUACCGUGUUUUGCACAUAGCACUGUCUGACGUAGAGCGUAGAGAUUUAGCCCAAGAGUUUUGUUGUCAUUGAAAAAGGUAUUAUACCAUUUUCUUUGCGUUAUAGAUCUACUGCAGCCGGAUAUUGAAAAGUUAAAAGAGAGCUGUUAAAAGUUUGCAAUGGUGCAUGCCCUUGGAUGCCUUGAUCUGGAAUUGCAUGCAUCUAGCACUCUCAUUCCGUGCUCUGUGGUCUUUUACUAAAUCUACUUAUCAUCAGUGAAAGCCGGAAAAAAUAGCCUGAUCGCAAGUCAUUUUAGUUAAAGAGCUUUAGUUUUCAUACGUACUGUUCGUACAUGUUCACUAGAAGCCACACGGGAAAACAUCCUGCAGCGAGAAGCAAGCAACGAAGCCGCUAACCUGAGUUUCAGGAUGGUAUAUGAGAGAGGGAUUUGAAAAGACGAUCGGGGAGAGAUGGGCGGGAGAAGGAGGAACAACUGCAUGACCGAAAAAGGUUGUUGAUUGGAUUAUAUAAAUCAAGCUGUUGUAAGGCUGGAACAGUCCAGUUAAAGUAUACUUGCCAGGGCUUCUUCCCUUUACUCGCUUCCUCUUUUGCUCUCUUCUUCCCUUGGCUAAAACACCGUCAUAAUUUGGAUGGGGUGACAGGGGGAAGAAAAAUGGGGGAGACUGCAGUGGUUUCUCUGAUUUUGCUUCUCAUUUUGUUAAACCGAACUGUUAUGUGCCAUUAGUUGUGCAGUCAAAAUAAACUUACACACUCUUGUUAUACUUUCUUUUAUAGAGGAGUUUCGAGAAAAACUAAACAGACCAGCAAGACUGAGCAUUGAAUUUAAAUCCCGUCGCUUUUGUAAAAGGACUUCGUGGUUUUUGACAAUGGAGGAUAAAGAAACUGCGUGUUUAUUCCGCUUUCAGAACAUCUGACCUCAUCAAAACAACUCACCCACGAAGACCUGAGGAAGUCAGCGUCAUAAAAUAUUUUGAAGACAAUGACUCGCUGGUUAGUGAAAUAAGUUAGUGAUCUUAGUUCUUUAAACUAGAAAUUCAAGGCUUUAAACCUUGGUCGUGAAAGAAUUGUUUUCACCGUGAUGUCUCUGUUGGUGACGCCGUCGUUAUUGUGUAAACUUAUCACUUGUGAGUGUUUCCUGGUGCGGAAUCAAAGUUAGAACUCAGACUUAAUAAGAUUCAAUCAGAGAGCUUUAAGC